GAAGGAAUGGACUUAGUCCUAGAAGAGAUCAAGACCUUUAAUAAGGGUCUAGAGCCUAUUGGCCAGCCCUAUUGGGCUACUUCUAAGGAAAAGAGAGACUCAGGCCUCCAGCGAGCCGGUUCAGUAGUAGUAGCAUUCCCUACCGAGAUUCAAGCUAAUAGAGCUAUUAAAAACAGACUCCUUAUAGCCGGAAUCUCUACUAAAGUAGUAAAAUACCAUACUAUCUCUAGUACUGCACAGUAUACUAAGUAUACAGGGUACGGGCACUUAGACUCUAUUUGCAAAAAAGACCCUAAGUGCUUGCUAUAUGGUAAGGAGCACGUGACAGAGAACCAUUUCUGCUCUAUCUAUAAAAAGAAGGUAAUUCAAGAGCCCUGGAUUAUAGUAAGGGAUAGUACUAAUCGGGGAUAUCAUUCCAUUAUACACCCUAGCUAUUUCCAAAUACUCCCGAAUUACAGUACCUUGAGACCUAGAACUCUAGUUUACAUAGCUCGCGAACUACAGGCUAGUCUAGCUCAAAACUCACCAAGUGAUCCUGAUUACCUAAUUAUAGACUUGAGUCUAGGUGUACUAAAAAUGCAGCUAAUUAAUUUCUAUAAUGCAGUUUACCCAGAAGACCCUAAUAAUAUAUUGACUAUACUAAGAGAGGAUAUUUUACCUACUACUCUCUUAGAUAGCUCUCUAUUACUAGGCGAUUUUAAUACGUAUUAUCCUUGGUAG